UAUUUUUAAUUAUAUUUUUUAAUUUUGGUUAAAAACAUUAAGGUAAAUAUCAAAUUUAAGUAACAGUCAGUGACGGUUAAUUCAUAUUCAAAAUGACCAAGUGCAAAAUAUGAAGAAGAAAAAAGAGUGACAAUGAAUACCAAAGUGGAGAAUUUGGACUCGAACAGCUUGGUGGAGAUCCUGAAGAAUGCUGAUCUGCAUGAGUUUGUGGAGUUUGUUCUGGAGAAGGGAAUCGACGGGAGGAAGCUUUUGGAUGUCACUGAAGGGCUUGUCAAAGUGUGGGCGCCAAAAGCGAACGCCAAAAAAUUCAUGCUACUCGUCGAAGAUUUGAAACUCAAUCCAGAUAAGUAUGUCGAUAAGGAAAAAAGUCAAGAAAAGUUAACUGAUGAUGAUAAAAAAGUUGUGGAAAUUCCUAUCGAAUGUCAAUACCAGACUGUUCCAUCGAAAAGAUUGAGAGAAGAACAGAGAGCAGCAACUUCAAUGUCAAGCAUUGAAGAUAUUCUAAAGAGACUGGUGCCUGCUAAGAGUUUUUUGUACAGAAAUCAACAGAGGGUAACAGAGAAGUCCGUACCUUCGUACCUUCCCAUGGACGGCGGGAAGAAAACUAGAAAGUUAUUCAGGCUGAGUUACGAAUACCCCGACAUAUUUUCCAGAUUCUCUAAACAUGAAACUUUUGACGACAGAGGGUAUUACUCGGUUAAAACUAACAGAUUUUCCAUGCAAAAAACUUACAAGAGACAAGAAUAUAGAACGAAAUAUAAAUCUUUAUCAACAACUGAAGAAAUUGAUAAAUUUCCUGACGAUCAUUUUUAUGAAGAUCUUUGCUAUAAUGAUGUUAACAAAAAUGAUGAUAAUAUGGAAAAUAUAGAUACUCCGAGUCAGGUAUAUCACGUUAAAUCGGGUCUUGUGAAAAUACAAGAACUUUUUCAGUCAUUUCGAAUGCCUUUUUUCAAGAAACUUGAAUCAGUGGAAGAGGAACUAACCACUAAUUGUGGUGACAAGACUGAAAAACAAAAGAAAGAAACUGAAACCAAUUUGUAUGAGAACAGUGAUAGUGUUGUAAACAUGUAUGAUUCAGUUCGCGUAAUACCAACAUCAGUUGAUGCAAAUUUAUUUGAAACGAUAAAUACAAAACUCCCGGUUGAAGACUAUUUGGAGCCAGUCCAGUUGAACAAAGACUACUGCAGCGUCGUCGACAAGGUUGAGAAGAGAGAAGAUUCAUUGCUGGGCUACAUCAGGAGCAUGUUUGAGACUCGCUUUGGAUUGAGAAGGGAAACCCACGACUCGCCAUCAGAGGAUUCGGAAGACGAGAAGCCGAAUAAAGGCAGCCCUCCACCGAACAGAAGCGAUGAACGCCCGCGUCACAUGGCCGACCGUCCUCUCCCAGUGCCGGUGGAGAACGAGCCUUAUUACAUGAACAUAGAUCGAGGGGAGGCUGAGAACUUGCUGCUGGGUCACCCAGAUGGUACCUUCGUCCUUAGACCUUCCAGUCAGUCAACCCACGCCUACACCCUCAGCGUGUGCUGCGCUAACAAAGUCCACAACGUGGGUGUCCGCCGUCGCCCAGACGGGCGUCUAGCCCUGGGCUUCCCCCGGCGCGGAGAGAGGAGCUUCAUGAGCGUGACCUCUCUUCUCAGACACCACAAAAGGAGAAGGCUGUUGCUGGUGGCCGGCGGAGGAGUAAUCGGAGCCACCACGCUGAACGAGCCGCCGCAGUAUUACCAAAUGCCGAGUAGUCUGCCUGUUCUUUAG